AUGAGAUCGGUUUUGGCACGGCCUGAUGCGGUUUUCUCCUUGUUGCCCUUGAAGACUGAAGCCUUUGCCCGCUUGCCGCGUGCAAUUUUGCUCACGGCCUUCUUCUUCAUGACCUUCAUCGCAGCCUUUUUCAUGGACUUCAUUGCGGAUGAUUUCAUCAUUGACUUCUUCAUGUUGGUCCAUUAUUCGGCAACAAAAAUUGCCGAGGGAUCGCUGACCUGCAGUCUUCGAAAGAAGCCACAGUCAAAUCAGACAACCCCAAAAUGCCAAUAUGGUGCACAAAAAUGCAAAAACUGGUAA